UCUUGGUGAUAGACGAUGUCCAAUUAGUUUGAUCUGGAUUAAACACAAGUGACCUCAAUUGGAAGCUCACUGACUAAUCUCAUCUCAUAUUUGAAACCAUUCUCAGUGUUAAAGUGAGCUCGCGGAGACGUGAUGGAUUAAGUGGUUGGCGGAAUUGAAACCAAGAAGCCAAGAGACAUGCUUCUAAUUCUCAUUUGUACGUUUUUUGGCACAGCCUGGUGUCAUGACGGCAGUCCCGAUUUGUUCCAGGAUAUUGCGUAUCGCCAAGAGCAUUUGGACCAAGAACUUCGGGACAUGCUCAUCGUGGUUCCACAUCCAAUUGCCUCUCUUUACCCUCGAUGGAACCACUCCACAAUCCGCAAUCUACCCUCGGAUAUAUUGUGUCGUGUCCCUCUAAUCAGGUUACGCCAAAUGGAACCGGAGCCCAAAUUUUGGGGCACACUCGUCCGGGCACGUCCCUUUGAUUAUCUUCUACUUGACAGGCUUCUGUCUUGGUUUCGAUCCAGCCCAAACCGAAUUCGAUUCCUACAGGGCCUUUCCGAUGGAAAAGCCAAUGUCCUGCCAGCCCAGACGUGGAUCAAAAUCGGACGAGGUUUAAAUGGUUGGUGGACCCACUGGAACGAUCUACUUCAAGAACUGUUUCAAGAGUACGACGGCUCCUCGUUUUCAAGUUAUCGCUGGCUUUUGGAACUCGAUCCUUCCGCGUAUGAACCUUGUUCCAACGGGCGCCCAGCUCUCCAAAGGCAGGAACUAUGCCUCGCAAAAAAUGUCAAAUUUAUUGCGGGAAAUGAGCAAAAACGAAAUGAGCUGGCCCGAAGUCUGCUCAUAGAUUUCCAUAACUUGGAUCGGAGAGAGCAGAUUUUCCGUUUUCGAUUCUGGAACUCGGCUCUUCAAGCCACAUUGAAUAUGGGAUCGCUGGCCAACCAAAUCAUUCCCGUUGAAGUGAGUAGCCACUUUAUGUUUGCCCUCCUCCCCAAACAGUUGGAACGACUUUGGAAGCAGAAACACCACGAAACUUAUGAGCUUGAUGGGGAACGCCAAGAGAGCGAAUCGCUCCGAUAUAGGGAGCUUCCAAUUCUUUGGCUUUUAUCGGACAUAAAAAUGAACCACCCAUCCCACGAGAACUUUGAAAUCGAGAUCUCGAAAUAUUUGAAUAUCACCCAACAAAUCAUGACUUCCAAGGCGCACCCUUCACGAGGCAGACUAUUCAAUGAGGAGCUCGACUCGUGCUUGAAUGGAGACUCCAGAAACUUUCUCAACGAUUCACCUCAGCUAGAAGCCAUGCUCGUGGAACGUCUUUGUUCCAUGUCGAUGAAGGACUUGGAAAGGGUUCCACUCGAGCUUCUUACCAACCCAGGGUUGCUCAAUGCUCUGGAGUGCUUGAAUCCAGGUCAAACUCUCGUUUUAACCAACAAGUUGAGCGAUCAAUUCCCGCUUGCAAUGCCUUCUUUCAUGUGGAAGCAUGUGCUUAUGGAGAAGUUUGAGGUGUUUCAAAGCGACCUGUCGGAUUCCGAGCUUCUCAAGUUCCUUCAAAAGACGCCAAUCUCCACCGAACAAGAAUGGAUUGUGUACAACCGAUUUCAACCGAGGCUCUUGAACAAUUUGACUUCGGAAUUGCUCUUUGAGCUUCUCUUGAUUCCAAAUCCCGCUGGAAUCUUUGGGCUCAUCGCGCCAUGGGAUUUACGACCUCAUAUUGAUAACCUCCUGGAUGACAUGGAGCUUUGGCCCAUCCAAAAGCUCACGGCAUUGUCGGAAUUGCCUCCAGUGUUAGCUUCAUCGUUACUCAGCAAAAUCUGGGAGAGCAAUGAGUUUGACCAUGGUGGCAAAAUCGCUCACCAUUUGAUCCACGGACUGGCUUGUCAUCAUGUGAAUCAAAUCCCUUUGAUUUCGAUUGACCGACUCGCCAGGGAGUUUUUGGCACGCCUCGGCCCGGGAACAUGGAUCAAUUCCCACCAGAUCAUCACUUGUUCCUGUUUACGAGCGAGAUUACAGCACUUCCAAAGACUUUCCAAUCAAGGGACGUCCUUAGUUACGACCCAACUUGAGGCCAUUUCAAACUUGUCCCCAUCGAACGAAACUGACGGAGAAGAAGAGCUUUCUUCAGCCUCUCUGGGAAGGGGAAUUUGUUUGCGAAGAAGCCAUUUGUUUCUUCCAAGUGAUUUGUCGAAAACGGCAUCGGUCGUCGUGCCGCCCUUAGAGCACCAACCCUGGCAUCGAUUACAUUUGGCCAAGAUAUUUCCCUAUCUCGCCAAGCGUGACGUCAUAAAAAUAGGAGAAAUGUGGAAAAGUUUCGGGGUCCCCUUAUCAUUGAGUUUAGAGGAUCUGAUCCAAUUUGGUCCGAGCAUUUCGUUAUUGGCCUUGGAGAGGUUCCAAAUGGUCCCGGAACAACGGAAAAAUCUCUCCAUGGCCUUAAAGGCCGUCAUUCGUGAAUCCCACCACUUCCAGGCAACAAACGACCCAAAAAGUUGCUUUUCGAAUGAAUUCAAGGAUGAAAUGGAUAAUUUGUUGGAGCUCUACUUGCGUCUCACGAGUCUGGACGAGAAUUCAGUUAAUGGCUCGAGCCAUUUCAUUUCCUCGUCGAAAAGUCCAGGUCAAAUUGGAACAACAAUAACAACAACAACAACAACAACCCCACCUUUAGCUCCGACUCGAAAAGCUAAAUGGCCCAGGAGGAAGAAGCGGGACAUGGAGCACUCAGGCUUGGCCAGUAAAGCAAAGUGUGACUUUGCCAACUUAACGUUCACACGAGAGCUUUUCAAUUUCACACUCAAAUUAGCUCAACUGCAUUUGGAUUCGGGACUUAUUCGGCCUGUACCACACAUUGGACCAUUGGUAAUGGACGUAGUGGAACAGAGGCGAACGAUCCUUCAACGGGUUCUCAACCUCGGCAUGAAACUGAGCGAUAAAGAACUUUAUGACGAGGUCACUUUUGAGCUUGAGGACCAUGAAAUCAAUCCUGAGCAACGGGCUCUCAUCGAGGAUGCUUUCAAUGAAAUCUAUAUAAAAGCGGUGAAGCGCCUCGUUGUUACGGCCAAUCUGUUCCCCAAGGAUAUGACUCCCUUGAGCUGUCGAAUUGCUGACAUGGACCUUUUCCUGAUUUUUCCCAUGUCCAUUAUGAGCCAAUUUUAUGAUCGAGAAAUCUGGUUGGAACACAGGAACUACUCCAUGGAAGAGACAUUGGAGAACGAGGUCAUCUCGGAUACCAAUGAGAAUGAAACCGAUUCAGUGCUUUUGGCCAUUCUUUACAAAGGGUCCAAGGCGUAUUCAUCAGCUUUGGUCACGGCCGAGGAAUUGGAGAGAGCCAUUGACUUUGUGGCCCAACUUUAUGGGCUCAUCAUGGAGGCCUACAAUCAGAAAUUGAACUCGCCUUCGUCCUCGAAUUGGAACCUGGUGGGGAUGAGUUCCAAAGUGGAAUAUAAGAUUGCCACCGAAAAACGAAGAUACCUUGAUCGACUUAAACGGAUCUUCGAACUCAGCGAUUUGAGAUCCGACGAAGUUGGCGUCAUUUUGCAGUCUCGCUUGGAGAGUGAGGACCAAAAGGCACUUUUCCACAUGGAAAACCUAAGGUAUCAGUACCGUCUUAUCAAGAGCAUGAUUCAGAUUGCGAAAAUAAAGGCCGAAGAUUUAGAGCUAGGUGAUCUUCUUAUGGGUAAUGGAGAUGCCCUGGAAAUUAUCUUGAACCUCUUUCCGGAGUAUCAUCCCACGGAAUACAGUUCAAACACGACCACCCAGAUCUUCCCUACUGUUCUUCAUUCAACUUGGUCUAUUCCAACAACCACCACGGCCGUCAUGUGGACAUCGACAAAUCCACCCCCGACUUCCAAAAUCCACCAAUCGACCCCGGGAGAGAUCUUAGCCUGUUCGUUUGGCCUUCUAUCUGGCGAAAUUUGCGAGAAGAAUCCCGUAUAUGAAGACUAUCCUCGUAUCCUCAACAAAUCUUUGGCAAACUCCUCCGGAAAGGAUCCCGAAAAUCAUGAUCUUAUAAUCCAAAGCUUAUAUCUCACUUUGAUCCAACUCUUAAAUCAGAGAGUCAGCACUGUCAAUGUUAGUAAAGAUGACAAAGUUUACAUCCAACUUUUCAUGGACAAGAAGAAGAGGAAGUUCGUUUCGUUCUUGAAGAUGAGGAACGUUACAUUGGAAGAUACUUCAGGCUUGGAACACCACUUCCUGGAACAAAUGUUGGACAUUUCAAAGACUCUCAUUCAGGAGCUGGACUUGUCGCCGGGUGACUUGGGGGUGGAACAUGCUUUGGAAUAUCCAGUCAUCCAGGACUUGUUUCGGGGCUAUAUAUUCCAAGGUGUGAAACAGAACCCCGAGCUUCAUGACCUGAUGUGCGAGAACCAUUUGCUCCAAACCUCGUGUGUAGUAGAAGGAAGCCCCCACAACCGAUCCAAUUUCUUAGAAAAAAAUACGAGGGAUCAAAAAGUAUCGACACUUUACGAAAACGUACUACACAUCCUUGAAGAAAGGGAGGUUGAAGGAAAGCUGAACACAUCCAUGGCUAAUUUAGUUCAUAAGGUGAAGAUCCGUGCUCAAAAGAACCUUCAGCAAUCACUCUCGAACGCGAUGUCGAAGAACGGAGAAAGCAGCGAAAUUGAGCCCAUGACGAUGCUCCACACCAAUGUCGAUCCGGCCGAGAUCAACCUGAUCAAGACCAAUCUGACGGACUUCAAGCUUAAAAUGGCUCAAUACUUCAUCGACAGCUUGAAAUUGGAACCCGGGGACCUGGGGUUGAACCAAUCUGCCUCCAGAGACGAGUCUAUGAGGACGGCUUUCCGGUGGUAUUACGUCAAGUUGAGCAUGGAACAAAGACGGAUCCUAUUUCAAAUUGAUGCCAUGUUCAAGCAGGCUAAGAAAACACUCAAGACCAAGCCACUGACGAGGGAUCAAAUUCACGAAAUUCGAACCCUGCAAAAGAAGGUCAACAAAGACAGUGCCAUCGUGGCCCAGCGAUACUUAAAAAUAAACGCGACUGGACAAGAAAAGCAAGUGGCUAGAAUCUUGGCCGAGAUGGUGAAGGCUGGGAAUCUUUCGGACAUUGUUAUCGAUGAGGUCAAUGAAUUUGCCCUCCUGCAGAAAGUGUACAUUAUCAUGCGACUCGUGCAGAUCGUCGACAUUUCUCCGCAAGACUUUAGCUCCACUCUUCUGGACCAGAUCCCUCAAUCGUACUUGAACAUCAUGUUUGGAAAACAUUUGGAAGAGAGUCAGGUGGAACCGCCGACUCAAAACCACGAAGACGUCACCCAAGCCCCAAAGGUUAUGGGUAGAGGAAUACCUAGUGAUGGACGCGAGGACAAGGAUGUCACCAAAUCCAAGUCCAAAAGAGAAUCCGAGCGCCCCGAAACGGCUCAUGCUUUGGAAAGCAACACCUUGUCAAAUAUUGCUUUCUUUUUGUACCAUAGAGCUGUUAGCAUCGCCUCCUUCCGCAAAUCCAAAGGCCAAUUAAGUGUUGAGACAAUCCAGGAAUUAAACAACAUUCUAGCCAACCAGCAGAGAAGCAUUGUGGAACGAUUUCGAAACUUGGGGUCCGAUGAAGCUCUCCCAAGUGAAGGUCAAAGCAAAUUGGGAUUUGUAGUUCUCCAUGGCAACCUCGGCAUGGAUGAAAGUGAGGCAAUCAACAAUGAAGUUAUCAAGAUCCAACUCAAGGCUACGAAACAGAUCAUUCUCCUCUUGAAUUUGGAACCACAAUUCUUUCAAGUCAAUUCGAACUUCAUUUUGACCUCCGGAAUCAAAGCCUAUCUCUUUGGAAAGACACCCAGCUUCAAGAGCGAAACCAAUAGUUACUUAAACGGAGUGAACGUAUUGUAUUCCGAUAUUCGAAAAGUGCUCACCAGAUUCGCCCAUGAAGGCAAACUAAACUCCAAGCAGACCAUAACCGCCAAGAAGAUCAUCAACGAUCUAAACAAAGAAACUGUGGCCGAAAUGGUGCACAUCCUGGAACUCUCUCGAGCGGAAUUGCAUCCAGACAAUCUAAUCAAGCUGAUCCAGGCCAAAACAAGUAGUGAGACUCUCACAUCUGAUCAACAAUUCGAGAUCAAGACCGUAAUUUACGAGAAGAAACUCAAGGCAAUUCAGCAAUUUAUUUUGCUUUUGGAACUCAAGCAAUCGGACUUGCGGAUUAGUGGAACCGUCCCGGAUGAUCUCUUGACCUACAUUUUUAAUUCGGAUGGAUUAAGAGCUCUCCAAGAGGCAGAGAGUGCAGAUGUGGUUCAAUUUGACCGACUUAAUCAAGCUCAAGAGGACAUCUACGGCGUUUUUUGCAUGUCUUGCUUUCACCGUUUGUAUUCUCAGUGGAAGAAAGAUCACAAUAUCGACCAAAACGACGACAACACCACUGAUGAUGGUCCUCCAGAAAAAAGGAUCUUGGGUGGAAAGGAGGGUGAUUUCAUUAUCAAAAGCCUGGGUUUCCUCAAUGACGAUGCAAAUGACAUUGUAGUGGCAAUCGACGACUACGAUUUGGCUUCUAACAAAUUAAUGAGAUCCUUGAAUGCCGAACACUUUCCGGCAACUCACACAGACGUCGGGAUUAUUUUGCAUAUGUAUCAAGUGACGGCAAAUCUAGGUGCAAAUAUGAAUUUAACUGACAUCCAAAGGCGCCAAUUCAACCAGCUUCUAGACUCUCAAGAAGAGAUGAUCUAUUCCAAACUUCCUGGUGUAAUUGGAAACGCAACAUACUCGGUCAAGAAUGGUAGAUUUGGCAUCGUGGUCGAGACCAAAGACAUCGAGGAAUAUCGGAAAAAGGCCCUUGAGGAUUUCAUCUUUAACUUUCACCUCUCUAUGACGAAGAAAAUGAUCCAUCUCCUGGGAUUAAAGAAACAGGACUUUGACGAGUCCAUACAUAUUCCACCUUCAGUAGAGGAGGUUUUGUUUGCUCCUAUGUUCCUUAACAUCACAACCAAAGACCUUGGCUCUAUUAGUGCAAUCUAUGACUAUCUAAAAGACACGGUUCAAACGAGGAACAACCUUGGACUCAUGUUCGAUCAUGAAUAUGAAAAGGCCACAAGGACAAUUGAUGCCAUGAAUAGGAAAAUAGAGGACCGCUUUGUUCCCCAUUUGGGACAAGAGAUGAGGAAUUUGACCUUGGCAAGGGCCUAUCAUCUUUUGGAGAGGAAGGUUGACAACGGUAGAAUGAGUAGAGAGGAAUUGGAACAACUCAAGUCCGAGAGCUUCGUGGACAUGAUCCAAAGUUUGAAGAUUGUCAUUGAGAUUCUGGAGCUUGAAGAGAGUGACUUGCCCGAUUUUGGGAGCAUCAACUUUGAAAUAAUGAAUGCGCUUUUCGAUUCAAUGACCGAUUCGGAUCAAGCUUAUUUGGAGCUUCUACACGAAAGGCCCAAAAUUAAGGCCGAGCUAGACAUGGGGAAAGUAGAACGGCAGCUGCAAGUCUUGAGAAACGUGGCCGCUAAUGGACGUUCAUGGGGUAAGAGCAACGGCGAUUCCCUGGAAGAUGGAGAAGUUCAACCAAUCCCGUCCCUUGACUUCAACAAUCCGAUAAUUAAUCAUGCCAAGGACAGUGACAUCACCCCUUCCCUAGGUCACAAGCGGUCUAAGCGAUAUGUCAUCCAGCCUUGGGUCUUCUCCUGCGAGGACUUGCGAUCGUUGGGUGUGAAACGAGCCCAUUUGUCUGUUGAAAUGGUGGGGGCAAUGUCUCUCAAUGAGAUCCGUAAUUGUAUGGAUAUCAUUCAAAACCCGGGUCCGCUCCACCUUUGGCAAGGUGUGCUCAACCUCUUCAAUUUGACUCAUACCGAGCAACUUGUCCUCGCUCAGAAGGUCCCCGAACUCGUUGGGAUGCUUCCUGAGAUGAACGAGGUGGAUAAUAAACGUGAAUUCUUGACGAAAUUAGGUCGAAAUUUUCAAUUCUCCACCCCGGGAUUGUGUCGCGAGGGACACCUUCUUUCUUCUAAUGACAUUGAGAAAAAUGUGCCCAUUCCAACAAGUGACUUGUCGAGCAUUCCAUGUGUCUUCUUCCAUCCCUGUGCAUCUUUUGCUCGUUUAUUAAAGGGAUCAUCCCUGUCUCUUCCGUCUGUCAUCGUGAAUGGGAAGAAUUCCUCUCUUCUGACACUGAAGAAUGCCGGAGAAAUUCCAGAAUUAAAGGCCCUCCGUCGGGCCAACAUCCUUUACAACAGCGACUCAACACGAACCUGGGAAUGCCUGGCUGACUUGGCCAAUGACGAUCACGAAGACUGGACACCCGAAGACGUUUGGUAUGAUCAACUUUUUAGCCGACACUCUGAAGAUCAAUUAUCCAAACUAUGUCAAAGUGGUGCCAUCCGAGGCUUGAACAGCUUGAAAUUUGACAUAAAGUCAGCUGACGUGAUGGCUCGACACGAGCAGUGUGUUGAUAAACUAGCUCCGAUUUUGCGUGAUAGAGUGAUCGCAGCCCGCACAGCACUCAAAGACGAUGACGUUCCUUAAGACAUAAGAAAUUUCGGACUUUUUUUAACGUGUUCAAGGGAAGUGAUGAACAAUAAAGAAACUUGUUAACAAG